UACUUCUCCAACCUACUUCCCCAGAAGAUUCUAAAUUGGCCCUUCCACCACCAGCAGGAGCCAGAGGGAGGCUGGAGUCCCCAAGGAAAACCUCUGUCCUUCCUGGGGAAUCCAGGCUUGCUUAGUUGUCUGCAGUGACAAACAGGAGUUGAAAGAUGGAUAAUUGUAGAUGAGCCUGCCGAUGUGACACUUAUUAACUCAGCACCUACUAUGUGCCAGGCACACCGACCUUGGCAGACAUGGAAGGCAUGUUCUCACAGGAGAGACAAGCAGUAAACAAGCAAAGAAGAAAAUUCAGCUGGUGGUGAGUAUUGUGCAGAGAAUUAAAAUAGAGAGUGACUUGGGAGGUCAUUGAGUAACGGGAUGAUCAGGGAGAGCCUCUCAGGAGGUGACUUUUAAGCUGAAAAUGUGAAUGACAUGAAAGGACUCGGGAUGAUUAGUUCAGGUAUGGCACGUGCAAAGGCACUGAGACUGAAAUAAAUUGACCAGUGUAGACCAGGGAUUCUCAAUCGGGCAAGAUUCUGCCCCCGGUAGACAUUGGCAAUGUCUGCAGAGAUUUUUGUCACAACUUGGUGUGUGUGUGUGUGCGCGUGCGUGUGUGUAUGUGUGUAUGGGGGUGUCUGCUACUGGUAUCCAGUGAGUCAAGGCCAGGAUGCUCCUCAACAUCUUACAAUGCAAAACAUGGCCUCCACUCCAAAGAAUGACCUGGUCCCAAAUGUUAGCAGUGCUGAGAUUGGAAAAGUCUGGGCUAGAGGAAUAGAAAAAAAGCCUAGCAUGUGUGUCAAGGUCAAAACCUUCCAAUCCUCCUAGUCAGGAGGUGGUAACCAAGAGCACAUGGCCAUGCACUGGAGUGAGGUCUGGUCCAAAGGGUCUACUGGGGACCCAGGGAAAUGGGGGAAGGAACAGAGAUUUAGGGGAUGAAAAUUCAAGAUCAGGAGACUUGUGAGGAGGGGCUAAGAGAAAGCCUAAACCAACAUUGGAGUCCAGAGCUGGGGCCUGGGUGAGGUCAUCAGGGUGCACCUGAAUCAGAGGGUCCAGUGAGUUGUGGGAAGGUGGCUGGAUGGCCAGGCUGGCCUUGGGAGUUCCCUGGAGGACAGGGUCCCAGACCAGCACUCGCUCACUGACUCUGCCCUUCCAGGCUAGUGAAAGUUCUCACUCUGAGCCUCAGUUUCCUUAUCCAUAAAAUGGUGACAGUCAACUCAGUGUCACAAUAUUUAUUGAGUCUGUGCAGCGAAGAAUUAACUCAGCAGGCCUGGGUUGUCCACACUCUGAACGUGAAAGAUUUGGCCCUUGCCCAGCUCCUGGGAGGUGAUCUCUAAGUCCUUGGAAUGUCCUGCCUGAUAAAAGUGUCUUGGUUUACCUGGGGACCUUGGGAUAUGCCAGAUAAUCUAUGCUAACAAUGUGACUUACAGUUGGGGACUUGGGCCAAGUAGUAUCAGCUGGACCUCUGGAGGGGCUGGAAACUGAGGUCAGCCAUGUCUAUGUGACCAACACCAGAGAAAACCCUGGACAACAAGGCUAAGAAGGUGCAGCUGAUGUCCCAGGAGAGAGGCUGUUUGCUUAAGUCCUCCAAGAAGGUGAUGGAGGAGCCGGCACUCCAAGCAAGCCCAUGGAUGGCAAGAUGUGGAUGCAGAGAGGGAAGCCCUACAGAGCACCGCCUACCGUAGUACAGACCUUCUGCCAGAAGCACGGCCUGAUGUCCGAGGUGGUUGAUCUGAGGUGGGGUAUUCGGAACACAGAGGCCACCAACCACAUGACCACGGAACUCUGCUUGGAGGAGCUUGGCUGGUGUCAGAAAACAUCCAUAGGGCCAGCUUUUGUUGCCCUCGUGGGUGACCAGUACGGCCCCCGUCCCAUCCCCUCGCUGAUCAAGGAAAAGGAGUGGGGGGCGCUGAAAGCUCAGCUGAGCGCCAGGCCACGUGACCUGGAGCUGGUGGCACGACGCUUCCGGACAGAAAAGAACGCCGUUCCCCCCACCCACCUGCUGCAGACCCUGGGCAGCGGGGAGGCCCGUGGGCCCGAGGAGGCCACCCUGAUCUCUGCAUUGCGCUCUGGAGCCCAGGAGGCCGGCAGGUUGGGCCUCGUCACCCAGGAGAAGUGGCACCGCUACCACCGGUCAGCCAUCGAGGGGGAAAUAGAACGGGACCUGCUGAACGCAAUAGACUGGGACCAGGGGGCGACCGUCUUCCUGAGAGAUAUCCAAGACCUCAACAAACACAUCCUGGAGGUCUGUGCCCUCAAGAUAGUGGAGCAGCUUGCAGCCGGCUGCCCGGACACAGAUGCCCAGAACCUUCUCAGCAGCCUCAAGGAGCGCAUCGCUGACGUGCAGCCCGGAGUUCUCAAGGCCCACCACCUGGCAUGGAGCCGAGACCUGGUGGACCCCCCAAACAAGGCUCAUGGACGGUACCCAAAGGAGCUGGGGGAGCAGUUUGUGGCCAGGGCUAACCAUCAGGUCCCCGAGUGCCUCCAGAAACUGGAGACAGGCAGGCAGGAGUUGGCUUGGCUCUAUCAGGAGAUCCGCCACCACCUGGGGCUCAGUGCCGAGGCCCCCCAGACCUUCUGUGGGCACCAGGAGCUCCUAACCCAGCUGGGACAGCGGCUCCAGCAGAGCGACGGCCACCCCCACCCACCCCUGGUGCUUUUUGGACCCCCGGGCAUCGGAAAGACUGCUCUGAUGUGCAAGCUGGCUGAGCAAAUGCCAGGGCUGCUUGGCCACAAGACAGUGACCGUUCUAUGGUUGCUGGGGACGUCACAGAUGAGCUCCGACGCCCGAGGCCUGCUCCAGAGCAUCUGCUUCCAGGUGUGCCUGGCCUAUGGGCUACCCCUGCCCCCUGCCCAGGUCUUGGAGGCCCAUACCAGGGUGGUACAGUUUUUCCACACCCUCCUCCACACCAUCUCCUGCCGAAACUUUGAGUCCCUUGUGAUCCUGCUGGAUUCGGUGGAUGAGGUAGCCUCUGUCCACCGUGCUCGGAGGGUCCUCUGGCUGCCUCCCAAGUGCCCCUCAAGGGGCCACCUCAUCCUCUCAGUCUGCUCAGGACAGCGGGGCGUUUUAGACACUAUGCGGCAGGUGCUCACGGACCCAGGUGCUUACUGGGAGGUGAAACCCCUCUCUGGAAACAAAGGGCAAGAGAUGCUUCAGCUCCUGCUGGCCGCCUGGAGGAGGACGCUGAGCCUGAUGCAGAGGGACCUGCUCUGGACCAGCCUCCCAGAGUGCGGGCACCCAGGGCGGCUGAGGCUGGCCUUCGAGGAGGCCCGGAAAUGGGCCUCCUUCACCAUGCCGGCCCCUCUGGCCUCCACUGCUAAGGAGGCGAUGCACCAGCUGUGUGCCCACCUGGAGCAGACACGUGGGCAGCUCCUGGUGGCCUGAGUGCUGGGCUAUACAUUGUGUUCCAGGCAUGGGCUCUCGGAGGCAGAGAUGAAGGAUGUCCUGUCCUUGGAUGACGAGGUCCUGCAGGCUGUGUACCAAGACUGGACCCCGCCCAGCAAAGAGCUGCUGCGUUUCCCACCCCUGCUGUGGGUGAAGCUUCGUCGAGAUCUGGGUAACUGCUUGGCCAGGCGGCCCGUGGAUGGCUUCAUACUCCUGGCCAUCGCCCACAGACAGCUGGCCGAGGUGGUCCGAGAGCGCUUCCUGUCAUGGCCCGAGAAAGCCAAGGGUCACGGAGUCUUGGCCGACUUAUUCUCAGGGACCUGGAGCCAGGGAACCAAGAAACUCAUCACGCUGCCACUUGUGGGGAAACCCCUGAACCUGGACCACAAGGUGGCCCCUCAGCCCCUGUGGUUCUCAGACACGGUUGCAAACCUGCGGAAGCUGAAGGAGUUACCCUACCACCUGAUCCACUCAGGCCGCAUCGAGGAGCUGAAGCAGGAGGUGCUGGGCAGCAUGAACUGGAUUUCCUGCCGGGGCAUCUCGGGGGGCAUUGAGGGUCUGUUGGAUGACUUUGACCUGUGCGCCCCUCACGUGGACUGUCCUGAGGUCAGCCUGGUCCGGGAAGCCCCCCAGCUGUGCCGCCCGGCAGUGGAGCUCCGAGGCAUGGAGAGAAGCAUCCUGUGUACAGAACUCCUGGCCAGCCUCCAUUUCUUCGCCACCUCACAUCCGGCGCUGGUGGGACAGCUGUGCCACCAGGCGCAGAGCUGGUUCCGGAUGUGCCCACACCCUGUGCUGGUGCCCCUCGGAGGAUUCCUCCAGCCCCCGGGAGGACCCCUCCAGGCAACCCUCACCGGCUGUCACAAAGGCAUCACUGCCAUGGCAUGGAGCCUGGAAGAGAAGCUGCUGGUGGUUGGCACCCAGGAGAGCAUGGUAGCUGUGUGGGAUAUGGAAGAACAGCAGGUGAUCCACAUCCUAGCUGGACACACAGGAGGGGUGAGGUGUGUGAAAGUGUUUGCCAAAGGAUCGCUUGCCAUCUCUACCUUGAAGGAUCACACCCUGUGCUUGUGAAACUUACUCUCUAACCAGGAGAAAUUCACCAUUUGAGAUGGAGGCUCAGAAGGUCCCACUGAACCUCAGAUCUCGAGCCUUCAUGUGGAUGAAGCAAAGAAGGUUGUGCAUUCAGCAUCUAGCUCAAAGAUCAAUGCUUGGAAUCUGGAAACUGAAGAGCUGAUUUUCCAUAUCCUGGGGGAUGCCUCUGACCCCUGGGUGUGCACGGCAGUGCUGGCUUCCAAGGCCACGUUGCUGACGGUGUUGCAGGGUGACGUGGUCAGUCUGUGGAGUUCAGCCACAGGAACACUGCAAAGGAAGCAACAUUUGUCCAGCAUCAAAGAAGAAACAAUAACCUAUGGGGUCUCAGUCCAGAAACAAAGAAAGACGGUGACCAGGUCCAGCAAGGGCUCCAUCUCUUUGGUUUCCUCCGAAGGAGACAGCCUGCUGGAGAAGCUUCCAGAAGCCGUGGGGUUCCUGGUGGUCUCUGAAGAUGAGUCCCUUCUCGCUCAGAGUUCUUACUGUAGAGGUGUCCAAUGUGCUUGCUUCUCCAAGGAUGACAAGUACGUCUACGCAGGCUUGAAAGAUCGCUCCAUAAUCGUCUGGAGUGUGCUGGAUGGCACACUGCUGGCCAUCCAGUUUGUCCAUGCCGUGGUGAACAGAAUCAUCCCAACCUCCAAUGGCUUCAUUGCCCCCACCACACAUGGCUAUCUCAACUGUGAACGUUUCCAGUGCCCUUCAUCAAGAAUCUCACAACAGGACUCUCUCAAAAACUUCAAAAAAGCAGUGUAGAUGGUCAAAUCCAGGCAGAGAGAAGAGCUGAUUGCUGCUGCAGGAGCACUCCAGGACUCAAGAUCAGGGAGUGCCCAGGGAAACGAAUCUAAAUCAAACAAAUGCUCACAAGUCUGCCUGCUAGUGUAAACCCCCCCGUGUCUCCAGUGAGUUAGCCCCAUUCAACCUGAAGCAAAAAGACUGUAUGUGUUGAUGUAUAUCUGGACCCAAAGCCUCCGAUUAUGUGACCCAGACCUUGCUUCCUACCAUCUUUCCGUUUUUUUCUCCUCCUUGUCAGCUCCAUUUACAGACCCAACACCCCCAAGUUAGCAACAUGACAGCAAAGUUCAGUAGAAAAGAGAGUUUCCCUUUUCCAACAGUUUGAACCAAAGUCCUGGUUCUAAGUCUAUUGGCCCCAAUUAGCUCAUACACCCAUCCCGGAACACAAAGCUAUCUCUGGGAAGAAUGCAACACUCUGAUUGGUGGGCCUGACCCCAUGCCCAUCCAGGCUGAGGAUGGAGUCAACACCACCUAACCAUGUAGACUGAGAAGGGGAGAGGCUAUUCCCCAGGGAAACUAGGGUGCUUGUAGCAGGUCAAGCGGGGAUGGAUGGAUGUGAGACCAACUAAAACACAAAUGUGGACCACAGAGCUUUAUAGAUUAUAAAGCACCGGGUGCUAUAGUCUGAUCCUUAUCACAGCCCAUACGUUAGGGAGGGCAGGAGUUUCUGCAUGCAUUUCAGAGAUGAAAAAACAGCCUUGCAGAGGUAACUGUGAUUUGCUCAAAAUCAUGAGCCCGAGGUGCAAGAACUCUGAGAAAUGAAAGCCCAGAGCCUUCCUGUCCCAAUUAUUAUUGGGACCACCUCACUUUAAUUUUAGACUCAGAAGCACAAACAUCAAUUCCAUGGGUGGCACAUUCAAAUGCCCACAGGGGCCAACGAGUAAUCUAGACAAUUGCUGUGCACCUGGGUGACCAGCAGAGAGUGAUAGUGACAAUGGGAAUAUGGAGGGCACUGCUGUGUCUUGGGUAGACACAAGUACCUUGACUCUACCCCAGAAUCACCAUGGGGAAAGCAGCCUACUGGUGCCAGAGCUUCCUGUUGUCAUAAGUAAAGCCAGAAAUCCAAACUUUUGUGAGAAACGUUCUCGUUUUUUAAAGUUGGCAAUUGGCUCAAAUUUACACUUAUAGGCACAUUUGGCCCAUGUCUCUAGUUCCUGAGCUGACUCAUGACCCAACUUGGCAUU